CUCAUUCAAAAGUCAUAUAUGUGUUCGUGAGUUUGUGAACUUUUCUACAAAAAAGAAAACACCAUGAAACAUAAACGUAGACAAAUUAGUACCGAAUCAAAUCAAUGUCAAUCUGAUGUUACAAAUGGUUUAUUAUUACCUGUGAAUGAAAUCAUUGAAAUCCCAAUUGAAACUAUAUUAACACCAACGCCACCACCAACGCCACCACCAACACCACCAACAACAACUACGACCCCAACUGUAACCAUCAACACAAUGCAGAGUUGUACUGAGAAAUAUAAACUAUUAUUUAGUAGAAUAUUAGAUUGUAAAUUAUUUCACAUGAUUAUUGUUGGAUUAUGCGCAUUAGAUGGAAUACUUGUUAUAUGUAUGCUUCUAUUAGAAAUUGAAUCAUUAAAAUUAAAGCCAUGCCCAUUACGUUAUCGUCUUAAUUUCACUUCAUUUAUAUUUGAAUGUAUUAGUUAUACAAUCAUUUUAUUAUUUCUUAUUGAAAUUCCAAUUAAAUUAUGGACAUUUGGUUAUCAAUUUUAUCAAUAUCAAUGGAUUGAAUUAUUAGAUGUAUGCGUAUGUAUAAUUAGUUUUACAGUAGAUACAUAUAAUAUCCAUCGACAUAUUACAGAAACUAAAUUGAAUAAAACUAUGAAUGAAUAUUCAAUAGAUGAUAAUCUGGAACAAACAUUGCAUACAACAAUUGCUGAUGCUGCUGGUUUAUUAGUAUUAUUUCGUCUAUGGCGUGUAAUACGUAUUGUGAAUUCUAUCAUUGUUUCUGUUACUGCUACACAUGAAAGAAAUAUGAAAUCAUUAAAAGAAGCGCAUCAUAUUUCAUUGAAACGUAUUUAUGAAUUGGAACAAUUACUUCAAGAUAAUAAUAUAUCAAUACCUUCAUUAACACCAAAGAGUCAAUCUAUAUUAGCAAAAAUAUUUUAAACUUC